CCGGCCCCCCGGAGUUGAGACGAGGCACCGGAGGGAGGGAACCGGCGGUACCGGGGGUACCGGAGCCGGCGGCGGAGCUCCCAAUGCCAUGGAGCGGUACGAGAAGCUGGGGAAAGUCGGGGAGGGUUCCUACGGCGUCGUCUUCAAAUGCCGCAAGAAGGACACGGGGCAGAUCGUGGCCAUUAAGAAGUUUUUGGAGUCUGAGGAGGACCCGGUGAUCAGGAAGAUCGCCCUGCGGGAGAUCCGCAUGUUGAAGCAACUGAAACACCCCAACCUGGUCAACCUGCUGGAAGUGUUCAGGAGGAAGAGGAGGCUGCAUCUGGUCUUUGAAUACUGUGAGCACACAGUUCUCCAUGAGCUGGACAAGCACCCUCGGGGGGUGCCAGAGUAUCUAGUGAAGAGCAUAACCUGGCAGACCCUCCAAGCUGUGAACUUCUGCCAUAAACACAAUUGCAUCCACCGAGAUGUAAAGCCAGAAAACAUCCUGAUAACAAAGCACUCAGUCAUCAAACUUUGUGACUUUGGAUUUGCUCGCAUACUGACUGGUCCCAGUGACUACUACACAGACUACGUGGCCACCAGGUGGUACCGCUCUCCGGAGCUGCUGGUGGGGGACACUCAGUACGGCCCCCCCGUGGAUGUCUGGGCCAUAGGCUGUGUCUUUGCAGAGCUGCUCUCCGGGGUCCCCCUCUGGCCUGGCAAGUCUGAUGUUGACCAGCUCUACCUCAUCCGGAGAACCCUGGGGGAUCUUAUUCCCAGGCACCAGCAAGUGUUCAGCACCAACCAGUUCUUCAGUGGGGUAAGAAUUCCAGACCCAGAGAGCAUGGAGCCAUUAGAAAUGAAAUUCCCUAAUAUUUCAUACUCUGCUCUAGCUCUCAUGAAGGGCUGCCUUCAUAUGGACCCUGCAGAGAGGCAGACGUGUGAGCAGCUGCUGCAGCAUCCCUAUUUUGACAGCAGGAGAAAGGCAGCAGAUCUGGGGAAAGAACAGGGAAAAACAGCUCAGAAACCAGCCAGGCUGACUGGGAAGCACCUGCCAGGGUUCCAGCACCUGCCUCAGCUCACCAGCAGCAACCUUCUGCCAGCUUUGGACAGCAAGAAGUGCUGCUGCAAGCCAAGGAAAUCAAACUACCAUUUCCCCAACAUCUAACCAGAUGGACGAUUAAAACCUAUACCCAGUUCAACGUUCUGAGUCAUUCAGAACUUAGAAGAGGAGGAUGUGUGGUGGAAAACUUAAGUUCAUCCAUUUUAUGACAUAUCCAAAUGCGAAGUAAGGUGUUGGGGUCACUCAUGGGAGGAAAAUGAUGCACAGGGAACUCCAGGGUCACGUUAGUCCGUGUUCUGUGUAGAAAAUACUUUUUUUUUUUUGCUUUAUGUGGUUAUACUGGGUCAGAAUUGUGAACUGGGUCAGGAUUCCUGCAACCCAGUGUUUACAGAAUUAAUUUAAAAACUCUUGCUGGGGAGGGACUGGGGACAAGGGCACGGAGUGACAGGACAAGGGGAAUAGUUUUAAGCUGGAAGAGGGGAGAUUGAGAUGUGAGGAAGAACUAGUUUGGUGUGAGGGUGCUGAGGUCCCAGGUUUCCCAGAGAAGCUGUGGCUGCCCCAUCCCUGGCAGUGUCUCAGCCCAGGUUGGAUGGGGCUUGGAGCAACCUGGGCUGGUGGGAGGUGUCCCUGACCAUGGCAGGGGGUGGCAAUGGAGGAGCUUUAAGGUCCCUCCCAACCCAAACCAGUUUGGGAUUCUGGGAUUCUAUGAUCUAUGCCCCAUGUUUCAGACCUGGCAGAAGAGCUGCAGCCUUGCCAAACAAACCAGAGUCCCACAGUGUCAAACAGCUUCAGGCUGGGGCUGAGUCCCUGAUCCCAGGAGGAGCAGAAAACACAUCAGUGAUGUGAGUAGAAGACAGAUUUGUGUGUUUGUGGAGCCAAGCCUGAGGAGAGGCAACCCAGCUGCUCCAGGUAGUUAGAAACCUGCUUUAAAGAUACUUCUGCCCUAGGCACUGCAUUUAUAGAUCACAAAUUAUGGAAAGUACUGCUAAUGACUUGGAUACAACAGACAGCUCCACAGGCAUUGUCACUUGGAGAACAAAAAACCAAUGAAAUCUGUUGCUUCUUUAGUCUUUUCAGGGUUUCUUGUGCCUUUUUCUUGCAGUAUGAGGUUGUUUUUACUUGCUCUGUCAGUAGUGAAGUCCCCUGCCUGCAGUGUUACAAAAAUUUUCAUAAAAAAUAAUUCAUGAAUAUAAUUUAUAACGUUGACCAGACACGGGCAGAAAUCCUACCUAAGUGUAAGUAACAGAAUGAUUUUUGAGCUUUCUGUAAUCUCACAAUGUAAUAUUGUGUCGAUUUUGAAUAAAAGAAAUUUAGCUUGUUUUCC